GGCUCGGGCUGGGGGUUCCCGCGGCGGCGGAGGGGAAGAUGGCGGCGGCCGUGGUGCUGGCCGCUGGGCUGUGGGUAGCGCGCAGGGCGGUGGCGGCCGCGGGGCUGCGGGGGGCGCAGGUCCGAGGAGCUGCAGGUGUGACUGACGGAAAUGAAGUGGCCAAAGCCCAGCAGGCGGCUGGCGGUGGCGCAGCCCCAACCAUCUUCUCCCGGAUCCUGGACCGCAGCCUCCCAGCUGACAUUCUCUAUGAAGACCAUCAGUGUCUUGUGUUCCGUGAUGUGGCCCCUCAGGCCCCUGUGCACUUCCUGGUCAUUCCAAAGAAGCCCAUUCCUCGGAUUAGCCAGGCUGAAGAAGAGGACCAGCAGCUUCUAGGACACCUCCUCCUUGUCGCCAAGAAGAUAGCAAAGACUGAGGGCCUGGCAGAUGGAUACCGACUCGUGAUCAACGAUGGGAAGCUGGGCGCACAAUCUGUGUAUCACCUGCACAUUCAUGUGCUUGGUGGGCGGCAGCUCCUGUGGCCUCCAGGCUGAACCAAGCAGCUGGCCAAGGACCUCGGGCCUGGAUGCUCGGAUUGGGGGGAGCAAAAGGACCCUGUGAUGCUAAUAAAGCUCUCC